ACAAUAUUUUCUUAUAAAUCAUUUAAAAACUUAGAAGCAACACAUAUCUGAAUGGUUUCACCCAAGAUGACGUAGGCGGUACAUGUGUGGACUCUGCCAAACGUGAUCAUGGGGAAGUCUAGAUCCAGGCCAGCGCCGAAGUUUGCUGAGAUGAAGAGGAGGAUCAACCCGAGGGACAGUAGAAUAAACAAAAAAGAACGCAGAAAAUCAAAGAAGAAACCCAAAGACGAGAGCAAGAUUGUGGAGAGACAAGUGCCCAAGGUUUCCUCAGCACUGUUCUUCCAGUAUAACACCCAGCUGGGGCCUCCCUACUACGUUCUGGUGGACACCAACUUCGUCAACUUCUCUAUCAAGAACAAGCUGGAUAUCGUACAGUCCAUGAUGGACUGUCUCUAUGCUAAAUGUGUGCCAUGUAUCACUGACUGUGUGAUGGGUGAGUUGGAGAAGCUGGGACCCAAGUACAGAGUAGCACUGAGGCUUGUGAAAGAUCCCAGGUUUGAGAGGCUUCCCUGCAUGCACAAAGGAACAUACGCAGAUGACUGCCUGGUGGCUAGGGUAACACAGCACAAAUGCUACAUAGUGGCAACAAAUGACAAGGACCUGAAGAGGAGACUGCGGAGAAUCCCCGGUGUUCCCAUCAUGUACAUCAGACAACACAGAUAUUCCAUCGAAAGAAUGCCAGAUGCAUUCGGGGCACCAAAAGUUUGAUGAUCUAAAUGUAGGGAUACCAAAAAGAAAAGCUUCAGCAAGAAAUAAAAUUGGAAUUUCCUCAUUCUUGACUUUUUGUACACUAUGUUAGACUUACUCAGGAAGAUCAGUUCAUUGUAGUGGUCAUUGUUGUUUCAGUAAGAAAUCACCACUUACCAUGUUAUCCACAGAUAAAGCUUUAUUAUCAUUCACUUACUUUAUAUUAUAUCUAUGUGAACUAUGGGACCAAAACCACAAAAGUUCUGGUGAAGGUAAUAGUAAAAUUUCUGUAUCAAAGGGAGAAAUAAAUGUCAGUAAAACCUCAUCAA